CUGUCUUUCGUCAUAAUUUGUUGUCAUUUUUACUACAGGUACUUAGACUCUGCUUCAAACGGGUUUUAUUAUCAAUUGGAAGGAAAACAGGGUUGGAAGAAGAAGGUAAACACAGGAGCCGAUCCUACUGGUACUCAUCAUCUUUAUCACAUGACUCCAACGUCUCUUGGAAGUGAUCAAAAACAGCAGAGCUCUGAUUCUGCAACAUCAGUUCAGAAACCGCGAAACCAGAAGUCGUCCGCGGGCAAUACAGUGAAUUCGCGGGCGAAUAAGCGGCCUGGCGAAGAGGCUUCUAACGGGUCUGUUAAUGGAGUUAACCAACAACAGUGGGCAUCUACUUCAACAGCUCAGCAGAAUGGUGGUCCUAAAACUUGUCGACCUUACUUUACUCAGGCGCAGAUGAGUUAUGGUAACCGCGUUGGCGGCUACCGAAUGAGUGGAUUAGAUUAUUGGCACAAAAAUGGGAAUAAUAUGUCUGACACUAUGAAGCGUCAACACUAUCACGAUAAAGAUGACGCCCAUGGAGACAAAGCAAAAGCAUAUUACCAGCGAAAUGACCGUUGGCAGUCCCGAGGGUCUCAUCCUCAAGCACCUCCAAGGUUGACCCCAGCGCAGAGACGCGCACGUGGUCCUCUACCGGAUUGGGAUGACGAUGGUGGUGAAGAAGAUAAUUUUGAUUAUAUGGAUUUGAUGGAAACUCAGUACCAGCAGUAUUACGCUAUGUCAGCUGUUCCACCUUUUGACCCCUCAGCGACAGCAAUAGAUUCUGCUCUUGCGGCAGCGUUUCCUCAGCUUCUUCUGCAGCAACAGCAGAUGGCAGCAACUUUAGCUUUUAGGCCACCUAUGGCUUUGGUGAGCCCCCAUUUACUUUCACAUCCACCACCUGCCAUGCAAGCUGCCACUGGUACAGACUCACGACCGGAUUCUGUAGCAUCUUCUCUCACUUCAAAUACGGUUCCUCAAACACCAACUGCUCUUCUUUCUCCAGCUGGACCUACAGCUGUUGUUUCUUCAAAACCAGAAAUUGUAAAUAUGGCACCUCCAAUUGCUGCCGGCCAACCUUUUGUUACAGUUUACCCUAAUGGUGCCUCAAUGGUCCCAUUGUCGACAGAAGGGCUAAAAGAUCACUUAAGAAAACAAAUUGAAUAUUACUUUUCUGCCGAGAAUUUGCAAAAGGAUUUUUAUUUACGAAGAAAGAUGGAUGAAGACGGGUAUUUGCCUAUUUCUUUGAUUGCCGGAUUUCCGCGUGUCAGGACUUUGACGAGUGAUGUUGAACUGAUUAUGGCUGGCAUUAAAAAAAGUGAUAAGAUUGAAAUAAGCGCUGAUGAAUUAAAAGUACGUCCUAAGGACAAUCCCCAGCAGUGGCCGUUACUGCCUGCUAAUCCAACUACGGUUAAUAUUGAUGAACAAAAACUGCAUAAAGAAUCAUCUUUGAUCAAAACCCAAGGAGGGAGAAAAGACUCAAAACUUGAGAUAAAACCUGAUAAUAGGGUCGACUUGAAGCAAGUUGACGAGAAAACAGCAGUCAAUGAGACGGAAUUAGGAAAUGAAAAUGACGACGAAGCUAGUCUCGAGUCCGAGGCGAAACAAGUUGCUGGCUCUGUCAAUCAACCGGCUGCAGGGUCUGUGGUAGAAGCGGGAAAUUUCGAUGGCACUGUAAUCGAAAAAGCAAAUGAUUUUGAGAAAUCAGAGCAAGACAAUAUAGAUCGAACCAAGCACGUGGCAGCUUUAGAGCCGCAAAAGGGAGUUCCUGGUGAUGCGACAGCGAAGGAAACGGUAGUCACAAAUGUGGGUGAUGCAGAGGCGGAUACUUGGCAUGAGGUAAAAAGCCGUAGACAGAAAAAAGGACGUAAUUCAAGUGGAAAUAAGCAGGGCGGUCAUCAACAGCGCAUCCAAUCUUCAGCCCCUGCAAAACAGAUGUCUUCGGAUGACCUUGGCUUUCAGUUUGAUGAGGAGUUGAAUAGUGUUGAAGCUGAAAUGCCGUUUGGGAAGGAGAAGAAAGGCACACAUGGAGACCGAUUGUCUGUUCCCCAUGAGUCAGCGGAUGAAAUGAGCGACGCAAAUGUGAAUAAAUUAAUUAUUGUCCUCCAAACCCCUCCACCUCCGACAAAGCGGCAGUUUGAUCGUACGGGUGACUAUACGUCAAGAACAAAGAUUAACCAAAUACUGAAUGAAGAAGUUGAAAUGGGGCUGCGACGCUAUGAGUAUGAAUUGUGGCAGAAUAAAGAGAUUGAUCAUACGGGUACGCAGGUCAAAAAAGUGGAGACGGUUUCACAGGAGGAAUUUAAGCAGUUAAAAGGGGAAGUUACAACUUCCAGCGAAGAAUCUUCAAAACCACCUCCUAAAGUUGUACCUACGCCGAACGCUGUUCCAGCUAUUUCCUCGGUAUGGACACAGAAGGCACGUGAGAGGGCUGCUGCAGCUGCCGCCACUGCGCCGAAAAGUCCUCUUGCUCAGAGGGAGAAAGUCAAGGGUCCUACACCUCGUUUUUAUCCUGUAACAAAGCAGAGUUCUCUUCCAGACGCAAAUACUCCUAGGAAACAGAAAACUCGUCAUAGCGAGAACCCGCCAGUAGAAAUGCCAGUUGGAUGGGUUUUAGGAACUCGCUCUCGGACAUCUUCAUUAAACGCCGAUUCUACGGACUCUUCAAAUCUCCGCGCUGUUCCAGGGACGUCGGCUCCACUCCCCUUACCGCAACAUCCUUCUGUCACGCUUCUUCAAGAAAAUGGUUUUGUUCAACAGGUUUAUACUGACUGGCGAUGUUCCUGCCUAAAACAGAGGCAGCACUUAGGGUUUGGGACCACAGAAAUGAAUACAUUUUAUCGUUUUCUUUCAAAUUUUUUGCGCGAUAAUUUUAAUCGUAAAAUGUAUGACGAAUUCAAAAAGCUAGCGUUAGAAGAUGCCGAAUCUGGUUUCAGGUACGGAUUAGAAUGUCUUUUCCGGUUCUACAAUUAUGGUCUAGAAAGGAAAUUUCGGCCGGAAAUCUACCUCGACUUUCAGCGGGAAACUAUCAGUGAUGUAAAACGAGGUGAAUUAUACGGGCUAGAAAAGUUUUGGUCUUUUCUGAAAUAUUAUAGGCAUUCAAGGCGGUUAGAAGUGGAUCCGUUUUUGAAACAGCAACUUGCCAAGUAUAAGAAUUUGGAUGACUUUGCUGUGGAUCCUGCGGGAGCAGCAAAAAAAGAACUUGCACGAGACACACAGACUGGAACUGCGGUUUCAAAAUCAUGA